AUGGGGUCGUUCUGCCGCCGGCGGGGGAGGAGCCGGAGGCCGGGCGGGGCGGGGCGGGAGGCGGGCGGGGCGGGGCCGAGCCCGGCGGACGCUCCGCCCCCGAGGCCGGGGAACGUGGGGGACGUGACCGCGCCAAGGGAGGAGCCGCGCCGUAUUGCCUGGAAUAGGCGCCCUCACCCCGCCUCCGGGCGCGGGCGGGCGGGCGAGCGCGGGGCCCGCGCGCCGAGCCCUCCGCGGGGACCCGGGCUCCGGGCGCCGCUCCGCCCGCGGCAGAGGCCGUCCGAGCCGCCCGUUUCACAGAUGGAGGCUGAGGCGGGGAGGCCCGGGCUCGCCGGCCGCGGGGCCGCCCGCCCGCCCCGCCCCGCCCCGCCCCGGUUCCGCGCCGGAGUAGCCCGAGGCCGGGGCUCCGCUCACGGGGCCCCGAGUGCCGCACGCGGCUCCUCCCGGCUCCCAGGGGCAGGGCCAGCGGGGCCCGCACCGACCGCUCCCGCCUCCCGCGCCCCCGAGCCGGCGGCCGAGCUCGGGGGCGCUGCCUGGGAUCGGAGGGAGGCUGAGGGCCGCCCCGCAUCCCGCACCUUGCGCCCCGCAUCCCGCGUCCCGCGCCCUCACGGCCGCCCCGCACCCCGCGCCCCGCACCCCGCGCCCUCACGGCCGCCCCGCACCCCCCACUCCGCGCCCUCACGGCCGCCCCGCACCCCGCGCCCCCCACCCCGCGCCCUCACGGCCGCCCCGCACCCCCCACUCCGCGCCCUCACGGCCGCCCCGCACCCCGCGCCCCCCAUCCCGCGCCCUCACGGCCGCCCCGCACCCCGCGCCCCCCAUCCCGCGCCCUCACGGCCGCCCCUCGCGCCGGCCGGGGCCCUCGUCCCCUCCGCCGCGCAGCCGAGGCCGGGGGCCGGGGCGAUGGGGCCGGAAACCCCGGGAAGCGCGCACCCCGGCCGCGGGCUCGGGGCGACCGGCCUGCCUGUGCCGGCCCCGGGACCCGACCGGCCGCGGGGACGAAGCGGGCUCCGGCGCCCCGGCGGGCGCGUCACCGCGCGCUUUUCCUGGGAGAAAACUUCCCGGGCGCGGGGUCCGGGCGGCGCGCGGGGCGGCCCCGCUCGUCGGGCCGGCGGGGGAGCCGUGCGCACGUGCGCCCUCCACCCGCGCGUUCCCGCCGCCCGCGGCCCCGCGCUCCGGCCCGGUCCCCGACGCGCGGACGCCCGCGAGGGCCGGAGGGGGUCUCAGCCCGCGGGGCCCAGCCGUCCCGCGCCUACCCGCCGCCGCCGCCGCCGCCGCCGCCGCCGCUGCCCUCGCGCCGCCGGGGGCGACUUUAAGCGCUCGGCCCGCGCGGCCCGGCCCCCGCGCACGUCACCGCCGCCCGGCGCCGCCCCGCGCCCCGCCCGGACCCCGCGCCCCGCCGCCCCCCCGACGGCGCGGGCCCCGGUCCGCGGCUCCGUCGGCGCGGCCCCCGCCGCAGGGCGGCCGCGCGGACCUCCGCGCCCGCGCCCGGCCGGCCACGGCUCGGGACGGGCGUCGCCCGGGUCGCAGCCCCGCCGGGUCCCGGCCCGCGCCGUCCGCCGCCGCGCGCGUCCGCUCCACGUCCCUCGCCAUUUCCAUGAAACGAGCGGGCAGCCGGCGCCGAGGCGGCCCCGAGGGGCGGAGCGCACCGGGCCGAGGCCGCGCCCGCCCGCCCGCGGCGGGGAAGCUCCCACCUUCCCGCCCGACACCCUGGCUGCUCCGGAGGCCGGGACAGGGAAGCCCCUGAGGCCGACUCCGGCUCACCGAGCACCGGCCUCGGUCGAGAAGCCCAAGGAACAACGUCGGGCCCGGAGCGUCAGCCCGAGUUCACACCCCCGAAACAAACAGCCCACCUUCCCAUGGGCCCCUCCAAGGGACCAGGAGCGGUCAGGUUUGACCCCCGCCCUGCCUGGGGCCUGA